CCCGCCCAUCCCCCGCCCCCCUCCUCCCGUCUACUUUCCGCCCUCCCACCUGUUGCGCACCUGCUCCACGUCCAUACCUUUUCGCCCUCGCGCCUUGGUGCAUUGCCCUCUGUCAUGAGCCCCCUUGACGAUAUGCAAGGCUCCCCCUCGCCAGCGAGCUCACCCCACGAUGACAAUCAGUUCGAGGAUGGCGAUUUCCAGCCCAGCUCUCCCGGCAGCGAGUCCGGGUUUGAGAUGAUCAGCGAGCAGGAGAAUGAGAAUGUCCCUGUGGCGGCCGAGGUCGCCGACGAGGCGGCCCCUUCGGUGGAGGUCAUCGCGCAGCCGAGCGCCGAAAUUAUCUCCGUCGACACGCCCAAUUCAGGUAUCCACCCUUCCAUCUCCCUUGAGUCUGAGUCCGAGAGCGAGGCUGUGGCCGAGUCCGAGAGCGAGGUUGUGACUGAGAGCGAGCCCGUGACUGAGAGCCAGCCUGUGACCGAAUCUGCCGAGGAGGCCGAGGCAUCUGGGCCCGAUGCUGGUGGCGAAACCCUCGAGAUCUCUGAGGCCGACAAGGCCGAGAAUCCCGAGGCUGCCACCGGAAUUGACUCCGAGUCUGGGGCCACCGCUGAAGCAGCUGGAACUGAGACCAGCCAUGCGGACGCUGGGGCUGAUGUUGACGCUGGGGCUCAGGUCAUGACCGAGCCUGAGAUUGUUGCCGAUGCUGGUGCCGAAAUCGAUGAAGUUAGCGCGGAGCCUGUUGACAUGUCUGAGGUCGAGGCUGAGACCCAGGAUGUCGAGACUGCCGAGUCCGAGGCCGCUGAUGCCACCGAGGCCGAGGCUGCUGCCGAGGAUGGUGUUGUCUCUGACGCUGAGAUCGACAUCAGCACCGAGGUCAAGGCUGAUCUUACCUCUGAAGUUGCCGAGGCUGCUGAGGCUGCUGAGGUUGCUGAGUCUGCCGAGGCUGCUGAAGUCACUGAAGUCACUGAGGUCACUGAAGUCACCGAAGCCGCCGAGACCGAGACUGAGGUCACCGAGACUGAGGUCACCGAGACUGAGGUCACCGAGACUGAGGUCACCGAGACUGAGGUCACCGAGACUGAGGUCGCUGAGGCUGCUGAGACUGAGACUGCUGAGGCCACUGAGGUCGCCAAGACUGAGGUCACCGAGACUGAGGUCGCCGAGACUGAGGUCACCGAGACUGAGGUCGCCGAGACUGAGGUCACCGAGACUGAGGCCUCUGAGGUCACUGAGAUUGAGGUUGCCGAGACUGAGGUCGCUGAGGUCGCCGAGGCUGAGGUUGCCGAGGUCACUGAGGUCGCCGAGGUCGCCGACAUCGAGACUGAGGUCGCCGAGACUGAGGUUGCCGAGACUGAGGCUCCUGAGGUCACUGAGUCUACUGAGGUCACCGAAAUCACUGAGUCCAUUGAGGUCGCUGAGGUCGCUGAGGUCGCUGAGGUCGCUGAGGUCGCUGAGGUCGCUGAGGUCGCUGAGGUCGCUGAGGUCGCCGAGACUGAGGUUACCGAGGUCGCUGAGGUCGCUGAGGUCGCCGAGACUGAGGUUACCGAGGUCGCUGAGGUCACUGAGGUUGCUGAGGUGGCUGAGGUUGCUGAGGUGGCUGAGGUUACUGAGGUUACCGAGACUGAGGUUACUGAGGUUACCGAGACUGAGGUCGCCGAGACCGAGACUGAGGCCGAGACUGAGGUGGCUGAGGUGGCUGAGGUGGCUGAGGUGGCUGAGGUCACUGAGGUCGCUGAGACUGAGACUGCUGAGGUCACUGAGGUUGCCGAGACUGAGGUUGCCGAGACUGAGGUUGCCGAGACUGAGGCUCCUGAGGUCACUCAGUCCACUGAGGUCGCUGAAGUCACUGAGGUCGCUGAAGUCACUGAGGUCGCUGAGGUCGCUGAGGUUACCGAGGUCGCCGAGACCGAGACUGAGGUCGCUGAGGUCACUGAGACUGAAGUCACUGAGGUCGCUGAGACUGAAGUCACUGAGGUCGCUGAGGUCGCCGAGACUGAGGUCGCCGAGACCGAGACCGAGGCCGAGACUGAGUCCGCUGAGGUGGCUGAGGUCGCUGAAGUCACUGAGAUCGCUGAGACUGAGGUUUCUGAAGUCGCUGAGAUCGCCGAGGUCGCCGAGGUCGCCGAGGUCGCUCUGACCGAAGCCACUGAGGCCGCCGAGACCGAGACCGAGACCCAGACCGGGACCGAGCCUGAGGCCACUGAGGUCACCGAGGCCGCUGAGGUCGCCGUCACUGAGGCUGAUAUUGCGGAGACCGAGUCUGUCGAGGCCGAGGUCCAGGCUGUGGUGGUCUGCACCAAGGCUGUGACUGCAGAGAUCACUGAGGCUGAGGCUGCGAUCGAUGUCACCGGAGCCGAGACUGAGAUCCCGAGCAUUGGCACUGAGGCCACCGUGCUCGAGGCUGAGGUCAACAGCUCCGAGCCUGUCGAGGCGGAAGGCGACGCGGGAGCCCUUGCCGAGGCUGUCCCUGAGCCUGAGAUCACCGCACCCGAGACCGAGACCGCGCCCGAGCUCGACACCACUGAGGCCUUUACCGAGGUCACUGCAGCUGAUGCCGCUGUCGAUGAGAGCACUGUGGCCGAGGAGUCCGGGGUGGCCACCGCCACCAUUGCCGACCUGGUGGAGAUCACGGAGGCCGAGGUGGCCGAGGCCGUGGAGGCUGUCCAAUUGGCGGAGGCUGCCGCGGCGGCCAUGUCCACCGCCACCCCCGGUGCCGUCACUGCGGCUGAGACCGGCUCGGACUCGGCCCACUGGCCGACCGACUCGCCCGUGACCGCCACCGACAAGACGGUUCCCACUGACACUCCUGCCGCAUCAGAUUCCUCCCCCGCCACGUCGGUUCCCCCCUCGCCGAAGGAGCCUGCCUCCCCCCAGCCGGUGUCGGCCCCGACGGCCGCCGAUGCCGUGGCCGAUACCAUGUCCCCGGCGCAGCGGUCGGCACAGCGCCGGCGCGAGCGCCUCCUGCGCAACAGCGAGUCCCGCAUGCAGCGCAUUCUCGGAGUGGAGUCGCGCGUGAGCCGGACCCCCCCGCCGGAGGCGGCGCAGCCGGCCGACACCGGGGCCGCUGCCGGGCCCGCGGUGACUGGCGGCCAGCACGCCCACCAGGCGGCCCCGACCGCGCGCGAGCACCUGACCCCCUUCAACAUGCCCGGGUCGCCCUUCACCAUGCCGACCAUGUCCGGGGUGGAUACCGACGCCGACCAAAGCCGCCAGAGCAUGAACAGCAUGUUCAAGGCGCUCGGGGUGGGUGGCACUCCUGCCAGUGGGCCCGCCACCGGCCGUGGGGCCGCGGCCGCGCGGCCUGGCGCCCGGCCCGCGGCCGGCCCCUCCCAAGAGGAGAUGCUUGCCAGCCAGCAGCAGAUGGCCUCGGCCCUGCUGGGAGCCGGUGGCGAUCUGUCCGGGCUGGAUCUGAACUCCCUGUCGGCCGGGAUGAGCAGCAUCGGCGGCAGCGGCCUGGCCGGUGGGGCGGCGCUGGCGCUGGCCGGCGCGCUGGGGUCCUCCUCGGCCGCGCGGUCGGCCCUUGGAUUUGGCUGGCCCGGGCCACUGAGCUCGCGCGAUCGAAUGAUCACUUUCCUCUUUGUGGCGGCCGGCUUCAUCCUGGCCUGGGCCAACAGCGGCCCAGAGCAGGCAAGCAGCUCGCUCUACUCGCCCUUCCAUGUGAUGCUGCUGCUUUCCUUCCUGCACGCGCUGACGAGUGUCCUGCCUGCGGUGUCCGGCUCGGCAGGCGCCGCGGCCCCCUCCGAGCCAUCCAUCCUGUCCAGCAUCCCGACUCCGGUCAAGGUGAUCGGCCGCACGGCCAUGACCCUGGCGUCCGGUGGCGCGGUCUUCGUCGGCGCCUACAUCCUGGCCGCCAACUGGGUCUUCUCUUGAUCGGCGGGGGAGCUCCCAGGGGUUCGGGGGGGUGCACUCGGCCACAAUCCCUGCGGCCCUGUGCCUGCUCGCGCCCCCCGCAGAGGCACAUCCCUCCCCCAUUAGACGGACAUGCCUCCCGCCUGUUUGCGCGAUCUCCCUCCCUCCCUCUCUCUUUCUCUCUUUUUUCUGCUGCCGCCAGCACCACUCUCUCCCAAGAAUAUAUCCCCCCAAAUUGCA